AGUUUUCGUUUACUGUUAAACUACGUCGUUAGAAAACGGAACUUUGUGCUCACCUGAAAAUCUGCCAAAAAUGAUGAAGGAAAUCAUCAUCGUAGGUCUCAUUGCAGCCAGCCUGGCAAUGCCAUCCGUGGAGCAAGUUCCACAGGAUCAGAACGCGUAUCGCAGUGAUGAUCCUAGCGUCGGGCUUCUUCAACAGUCAGUAGAUGGUGACGACCUAGAAGGCGCUGAAACGGCUCAAUAUGGUCGUGGUGGUUACGGAGGUGGAGGUUUCGGAGGUGGUGGUUUCGGAGGUAGAGGUUUCGGAGGAGGCGGCUUUGGAGGUGGUGGAUACGGAGGCGGCGGUUUUGGUCCCGGAGGAAGAGGAUUUGGUGGUGGUGGAUACGGAAGAGGUUUUGGUGGUGGACAUCAUCAUCAGCAUCAUUAUGGAUAAAUUUUAGAAGAGUGCGUGGUUGACUACCAAUGGCUGUCAUGUUGUUCAAAUUUUGUGUUUGAGCAAACUCUAAGAAAUGAGACAAACUGCGAUUAAACAUAGUUUUUUAAGGUUAUUAAAAAUUUGCUGGAAAUUCGAUUUUCAAAAAACUUA